AUGUUGGGUCUUUCACCUGGGACUCAUACAGUUCGUCAUGCAGAGAAAUGUAUGAAACAGCGGGAAAAAAAGAGAGAAAAGGCAAAAUCCCCAUCCACCAAACUUAGACAAUUGUUGUUAAAACAGGAACGGGCCACUAAUCAGGGUGCAAAUGAGGCACUGGAAGGAGAUACAUAUCAGUCUGGUAUUGGUCAUGAAGAAACUGUCAAUGUCGAGAAAAUACCUGAUUCAAUUCCAAGGGGAAAUUUCAAGUCUGCCAAAUUCCAUGGAAAGCCAACUAUAAUAUCCUUUGACUUGGAAACAACUGGGCUAAUUCAAGGAGGAGUCCUACCUCAGAUAACACAAAUUUCGGCAGUAGAAGUUGUGUCAGGGCAACAAUUCAACACAUAUGUCAACCCUACAGUUCCCAUUGAUAGAACAGCAACUAGUGUUACUGGAAUAGCAUAUUUUGAAGGCCAGAUGACAGUUAAUGGAACAAAGGUUCAAUCUGUGAAUAUUAGAUCAGCAGUUGAUGAUAUGAUCGCCUGGAUUUCUAAAUUUCAAAAUGUGUGUUUAGUUGCACAUAAUGGACAAAAACUUUAUCCUAAGCAAUCUUUGAAACAAGUUGACCUUGUAUCCACUAUUCUUGGUGAAGUGUAUGAUGCACAUAAUGCCAUUGAAGAUGUAAAAGCACUCGGAAAGUUAAUUCAGCAUGUGAAUCUCCCAACUAAAGAUUUGAUGGAACAUAGUUUCAGUCCAUCAGCAGUGGCCAACAACAUCAUGUUCAAUAAGGCUAAAGCCUCAAAUUUAUCAUCAUUGAAUCCUUUGAUUUAUACAGGGGUAAUGAAAAGACCUACUGCUGAAAACAUUGCAGGAUCUGGAUUAAAUUUGUCACAUUUAAAGCUGUUGUAUAGUCGCGGUGGGGAGGACGCUUUACGGGAUGUUUUCACAGCUAAGAAUUCUGAAGGCUUGCCAAGAGUCACAAAUGUUAAGAAAUUAUUGGAUGAAAUUAUUCCUAAAAUGUCAAAGUUUUUUGAGUAA